AUGGCUGUUCCCGCUUUCUCUGAUAUCGCCAAGUCGGCCAACGACCUCCUCAACAAGGACUUCUACCACCUCUCUGCCGGCACCAUCGAGGUCAAGUCCAACACCCCCAACAAUGUCGCCUUCAAGGUUACUGGCAAGUCCAGCCACGACAAGGCCACCUCCGGUGCUCUCGAGGGCAAAUUCACCGACAAGCCCAAUGGCUUGACCGUCACCCAGACCUGGAACACUGCCAACGCCCUUGAGACCAAGGUCGAGAUGGCCGACAACCUCGCCAAGGGUCUCAAGGCUGAGGGUAUCUUCUCCUUCCUCCCCGCCACCAACGCCCGCGGCGCCAAGUUCAACCUCCACUUCAAGCAGAGCAACUUCCACGGCCGUGCUUUCUUCGACCUCCUCAAGGGCCCCACCGCCAACAUCGACGCCAUUGUCGGCCACGAGGGUUUCCUCGCUGGUGCCUCCGCCGGCUACGAUGUCCAGAAGGCUGCCAUCACCGGCUACUCCGCCGCCGUCGGCUACCACGCCCCUACCUACAGCGCUGCCAUCACCGCUACUGACAACCUGAGCGUUUUCUCCGCUUCUUACUACCACAAGGUCAACUCCCAGGUUGAGGCCGGCUCCAAGGCCACCUGGAACUCCAAGAGCGGUAACACCGUCGGCCUCGAGGUUGCCGCCAAGUACCGCCUUGACCCCGUCUCUUUCGUCAAGGGCAAGAUCAACGACCGUGGUGUCGCUGCCGUUGCCUACAACGUUCUCCUCCGUGAGGGCGUCACCCUCGGUGUUGGUGCCUCUUUUGAUACCCAGAAGCUUGACCAGGCCACCCACAAGGUCGGCACCAGCUUCACCUUCGAGUCUUAG